AUGGCUAGCAAGACAAAGGAGCCGUUUUGGCUGGGGGGCGCCGCGGCGUGCAUGGCCGUGUGCUUCACACAUCCGCUGGACCAAACAAAAUACCGCAUGCAGGUCCUCAAGUCGAGCGACUCCAUGCUGCGCACCAUGUCCCGCCUGGCCGCCCGCGAUGGUAUCCCCUCCCUCUGGGCUGGCCUCUCCGCGUCCAUCCUGCGCCAGGGGACAUAUUCUACCGCCCGCUUCGGCAUCCACGCCGCCCUGUCCACGUCGCUCCUCCAGCGCUCCGGCCGCGAGACCCUCCCACUGUCUUGGAAUGUCGCCUGUGCCGGGCUCGCCGGUGGCCUCGCCGGCCUAAUAGGCAACCCGACCGAGGUCGUUCUCGUCCGCAUGUGCGCUGACGGUGCCAAGCCUCCGCAGGACCGCUUCCGCUACAGCAACGCUCUCGUCGGUCUGGCGAGGGUUUGGAGCGACGAGGGCGCCCGCGCCUUUACCAAGGGCAUCGCGCCCAACGUCGCCAGGAGCAUACUCAUGAACGUCUCUCAGAUUGCAACGUAUGCGUCUGCCAAGCAGUAUCUCGUUCAGUCCGCUAGGCGCAGAGACGACAUCGCGACGCACGUUCUGGCGUCGUUCGCGGCCGGCACAGUCGCCACUACGCUCUGUGCUCCAGCGGACGUGCUAAAGAGCCGUAUGCAGAGCAGCGCCGGCAAAGACGGUCUCUUCCAAGUCAUCAGGACGGGGUUGCGGGAAGAGGGCCCGCGCUUCCUCAUGAAGGGAUGGACGCCCGCGUGGCUGCGGUUGACGCCGCACACUGUCCUCACCUUUGUCUUCAUGGAGCAGCUGCGGAAUCUCACGCAAAUACAGCUCUUUUCUCGGGAGAGGGCGACCUCCAAGCUGUAG